CAAAUCAAAAAGGACAGGAAUUGACAUUGGAUCACUCUCUUUGCCCACGAGCACUUUUGUUCUAUCCUACCUGUCUUUCGUCCUCUUCCCUUUCGCCCCCCGCCGUCUCGUUGUCUUCCUGCGGCCUUGAAUACCCACACGCGCCUCUCAUUCGCAAACAUUACAGACCAGGCACGCGCUUUCUGCAUAGAACCAGCCUCACAUCAACACCACCGACGUCCACCAAUAAGAAUACAUUAAGAUGCCACAGCCAAAGAGUAUUCGCAAGGAGAUCAAGGUCAUUACUGAUCAGAACAUCAUCAAGGGACAAAAGCAAAAUGGAUUUCAUGUGCGCAAAUGGAAGAUUUCACUGUGUGGCGUGAACGCGAAUGGCGAGGAAGAGACCAUGCCAUACGUGGACCAUGUCGAGUACAUUCUUCACCAGACUUUCGAGCAACCAGUCAGGAAGGUGAACGACUAUCCAUUCAUAUUGCAGGAAAAGGGCUGGGGCGAGUUCGACAUGAAAAUCAUGCUACAUUUUGUGGACAAAUCCGUACCGCCAUUUGUAUUGGAUCACGAUCUGAACUUUCAGUCAACGCAUUAUGAGGUCCCUCAGACGAUAAUUUUCAAAUCUGAUCUGAAACCGAGCUUUGUGAAGUUGCUCAACCUUCCAGUGAGCACGAUCUCAGAUAGGGAAUCGAGCAAUGAUAGCACGGGCGACAGUGCAACACAUAAGCGUCGUAGAGAUACAAUUGUGAAGGACAAGGCAAAGAGGGUGAAGGACGAUCGGAGUUCUGAUGAUGAAAGCCGAGCGGAUAGCAGUGCUGCAGCGUCGGGCGAUGAAUGGGGCGACAAGGUUGAUGUGCAUCAGCUUGCAAAAAAGUUUCAGCUGCUACAGCCAGAAGAUCUGGUAGAAUUAGUUCAGUUGGUGAAGGCAAAUCAGACCUCGGAUAUGUAUGUCAAGGAAGACGGUGAAGCUGGCGAGUUUCACAUUGAUCUUCGAACGCUUGGGAGUGACCUUCUGGCGGAGCUGUGGCAAUUUUGUGAAAGGAAACUGGAGUAGUGGAUGCGCCCAUUGUUCUCUGCCGCUUCUUCCACCUUGCCGAUAACCAUGGACCAGCACCUUGGGUUAUACCAAGGACCUUUGUUCUGUAGAUCCUGAGUGAACUCAGCCUUGCCAGCUAUAUUCCCCAAACCGCCCCUUUUUAUUUUAUUUCGCUAUGCUUUGUUUAAUUGCGUUCAUUAUUGCUCUGUUUGCGUCGUUCUAUGCUCGCUGUCUGCUGUUCAUUUUUCUUUUCAUUUUCGAACCUUGUCAUCAAUAAUCCUUUGCCUGCCACCACCCUGCAGUAUCGAUCUACUAGUCCAAUCGCCUUUGACCUCCCGCACUAACCACCCACAAAUGCCGUAAUCGUCUUUUGACUUUGUUCGUAUGCCAUUCCUGAGAAGCUGCUUGCAUUUUAUUUUAUAAAUUUUGCUUUCUUUACGCUGGUGGCUAUUUGAACAGA